AUGGGGCUUCCUCAAUCGGGGCUUGGGUGGCUCGUCGGACAUGGUGACGAGGUCGGAUUCGGGUUGGAAUGGUGGAGGGGCUGCUGUAUCGACGUUGGGGUCGAGGUUGUGGUGGUGGUUGGAAGGCUGGGCCUCCGACGGUCUCCGUGCUGCCUUUCGGGGGCGGUGGUGUGGCUGCUGGAGAUGGGUUCGGUCUGCAGGUGGGUCUUUUCUCGGUUUUUCCUCUUUAGGGUUGAUUGGGGGUCCGGAUUCCCGGGUUUGGCUAGUGGUGUUAGGCGGACCUGGUUUGUUCCGGCUGGGGCUGCUUGCUCUCCGGUUCUCUUAGUUGAUGGUGGACUGACUCUUGUCAUGGUUCGGGGGAUGAUGUUCAGUUUCUGUAUAGGCAGUUGCUGCAGUUUCGGGGCUGUUCCUUGUGUUAGGGGUCGUGUCAGAGGAGGAUGCAAGUUUUUUGAGUGGGAGGACCCUCCAAUUUGUCGCCGAGAAAAAGCCAUUAUACCUGGGCUCCUAAGAAGGGUUAAUGCUUUGGAGGAUGAGAAUAAAGCUCUGAGACAGAAGAACAUGAGGCUACUCAAAUUUGCCGCAACUAUGGUUGUCUUCAUACUCGUUUUUGUCAUAAAGCUCUAA